AUGGCAGAUAAAGUAGAUUUUUCCCUUCUGGAAGCCAUGCUGGCACGUCCUUUCUUGAAGGCCUUCCGGAUAGACCUGAUGUUUGCAGUCUGUGUACCCUCCUCCUGCACCGCUCAGGACGUCAAGACUCACCUUAAUGUAGCUCUUAACUCUAUCAACGCUACUGCCAUAGUCUCAGACAGCAGUUGUUCCUCUAGUGUCCCCGUGCCUCUCGAUGUCAAGGAAUGGAUAGUCAUAUUCUUAAUUGCACUCAUAGUCAUCCUUGUAAUACUGAGCACUGUGUACGAAAAUUCUAUCAUGGGAUCCGAAAAGAACACUCUCCUGUGUGCAUUCUCCCUGAGUAGUAACUGCCGCCAUAUGCUCUCCACACAGACCUCCCAUGUGACUCUGGAUUGCCUCAACGGUCUCCGGAUCCUCGCCAUGAUCUGGGUGAUAGCAGGUCACAGGAUUACGAUAAUGUUGAACUUUCCUGUUACUCGACUCCGUUCUAUCGUUGAGAAAAUGGAUGACCUCGCCAUGGCUCCCAUAGAGAACACCCAGUUGGCUGUGGAGAUAUUCUUCCUCAUGUCAGGGAUACUGGUGACCUACGGAUUUUUAAGAUACAUGAAGAAGGGUCACAAGUUCAACCUUCUCUACUUUUACUUGUAUAGAUACUGCAGGUUGACGCCAGCUCUUGCCAUGAUGGUGUUGCUCUAUGCUACGAUUGCUGUCCGCUUCUCGGAUGGCCCGAUAUGGCUAAAGUUCUACGAUUUUGUCAACUCCUGCUGUUACUACAACUGGUGGGCCACCCUCCUCUACAUCAACAACUACUACGAUCCAUACAAUAUGUGUGUGACGCAAUCCUGGUACCUAUCUUCAGACUUCCAACUGUACCUGUUCUCCCCGGUGCUGCUCAUACCCCUCCACAAGAGGCCCAAGCUGGGCUUAACACUUGCCGCAGUCUUGGUUGUUACCACUACUGCAGGCAGCCUUUGGAACGCUUUUGCCAAUGAUCUCAGGGGUGGAGGAGCAUUCACGUUCGAUAGAGGGUUUGACGACAUUUUAUCAAAGGACUACAUAGUUACACACUGGAGGGCAUAUUCCUUCAUUAUGGGAAUGAUUUUGGGCUACGUCCUCUUCAAGAUCAAACAAGGGGAACUCAUCCUGAAGAUGUCCAGAGCCAAACUCUGGGCAGGAUGGAUCAUAUCUACAUUCUUCAUCCUCUUCAGUAUCUUCUACAUAACAGUGCUUGAAGACCCAGAGUAUGAGCCCAACCAAAUACUGGAUAUUCUCUACAUGAUCUUGCAUAGACAUAUGUUCGUAUUAGGAUUUAGCUGGAUCAUACUGGUCUGUACUCUUGGCCAUGGUGGUUGGCUGAACCAAUUGCUCUCCUGGAAGUUUCUGAUCCCAUUUGCUAGACUCACAUAUGGAGCUUUUCUCACCCAUGUUCUGAUCCAAGUAAUAGAGAACUACUCACAGAGAGUACCCAUCCCCCUCAGCUAUCUGUAUCACUGGUACCACGUUGCUGCUGACUUUACUCUUAGCUACCUGGCCAGUGCUUUGCUCUACCUCACAGUGGAGGGUCCUUGUGGCAACAUUGCUACUUGGUGCUUUGAAGGUAAAAAGAAACCAAAAGUAGUUCCUCAAAGCCACACAACAGAGCUGCCAAUCUUCAAAUACACAACGUGACACUUACUUGAAGUGGUCUGUGAAUUGCUCAAAUACAAUGAAAGUGAAAUCUUUAAACUGUGAAAAUGAACAUGUACAAGUUAUUUUAUGUUGUUAUCGAAAUCCUAAAAUUGUUAUAACUACUGUUGCCAUUACGAUUAGAUUUAUUAUUUCUUCUUGCCUACAAAGUAUAGAUAGCUAAAUUAUUAUUAUUACUAUAGCUCUUCCACUCCUUGCAAUCAUCUGUACUUAUGUGAUCUUUAUUACACACAUAGUACACUGAUAUGAAAUAGUCAAUACAAUGAGAGGGAGUGAGAGGAAAAGCAGGUCUUUAUAUUAAGUAUGGAACUACCGGUCAUGAUGUAUAACGAAUGACAGAAAUAGUUUAAUUAGAUUGCCUUUCUUAAGAUUUUGGAUUUUAUUGUUCUUUAACUAGUAUGGUCACUAUUUUUACUUUGCCAUAGGCCCUGUAGAUGGUUUAAUUUUGACUAAACAUGUAGUAUUUUAUCUAGAUUGUCCAAGCUGUAUCAUAAUUUGUAAUUAAGUCAUAAGGCCAAACAAAACAUAAAAGAAGGCUAAGACAUGCAAACUUGUGUUAAUCAAGUUUCUUGAUAUAGUAUCCUUAUUCUUAGGAGUAUUUUAUCACCAAAUAGAUAUUUUUUGUUGAAA